AUCAAUAAUGUGCGCGCAUUGUGCCGCGUGCUGUCGUUAGAAUUUUUUACGUUAAACACACUAAUGUCACAAUGGUAAUAGCUACUGCGGCAAAAUACGCAUUUCAACAAUAAAUUCUUAGUAUACAACCCAAUAAAUAAAAUUGUAUGAAGCUUUAUGGCCACAGUCUUACGUAAAUAACGGAAUUUAACGAUAUUAAAACUCUGCAGUGGUUGUAAAUCACGAAAGCACGUACAAUGAUAAUAAAUUACAACAGUUCCCGCCAAUUUAUUGUUAAAAUUUAGAUUUUUUCAAAUGAAUUAGUGGCGUUCCGUAAUGAGAAUUAGAAAUAAACUUAAAUUGUUCUCUAGUUGUUUCUGUAUCCAAUAGAUGGCGCUCGUAUAUUUACAAGUGAUUCUCUAGAACCGGGAUUUAGCUUUUCAUUAAUUACGCUUCUUCUAAGUAGUUUUUCGUAAGUUUUUAUUUAACAUAAUGCGUUAUUUACACAGACAAACACAAGAACUAAUCUUAAAACAUAUAAGGUUAAAUAAUUCACAAUAUCAGGCACUGUAAGAAUUUAGCGCACUUUAAAAACAGUUUUCGAAAAGCAUUAUCAUAAAAAAAUAUUCGAUAACAACACACCGCUGUGUUAAAUUAAGGUUCCAAUUAAAAUGUCGUGUUAGUACCUACAGACCGAGCUAAUUUACUAAAUAGUAAAUAUCAAAGUGGAAAUGACAAGGAGAUUAAGCUGAAAUUCAGUUAGCAAGAAGGAAGGAAGAAAUUGGGAAAAAAUGCGCUGGAUAUUUCCUGUACCAGUUUUGCUGAUGUCCUGGUUCGGAGUGGAUCAAGUGAAGUCCAACUCGUGUAUUCGAACCGCAUUAUGGGCUCUAAGUCUGAGCCCCCUUGUACAAGCCGAAUGCCAGACUCGGACUAUAUACUGCUACGAGUGUGACAGCUGGACGGACCCUCGGUGCAAGGACCCGUUCAACUACACAGCGUUGCCCAGAGACCAGCCGCCCCUGCAGACGUGCAACGGAUGCUGCGUCAAGAUGGUGCGAUACUCGAAAAGUCCAUACGAGGUGGUCCGGCGAACGUGUACAUCGCAGCUGCAGAUAAAUCUGUUCAUGGUAGACCACGUGUGUAUGAUGGAAAGUACUGGCACUGGCCACAUGUGCUUCUGCGAGGAAGAUAUGUGCAAUGGCGCGCAAACACCGGUCGCAGCACUGGCCUUGGUCGCAACACUAGUCGCAUGUGCAUGCCUAAGGUGAAGUAGGCGUAGUGACUGCCCCGAGCGGUCGAUUGUCGAGCACCGAUAUCGAUGACUGACUAAUAUUGUCUAUUUUUCACUUUCAUACGACGAAAAACAAGACGUCGGUCAGACACUAUGAAAGCAUCGAUGUCGAUAAAUUGUGUUAACUGUCAACCCUAUGUCGAACCUUAUCGAUGUGCGAUCGAGGUAGAUUUAUCGAUGAAUCGACAAUCGAUCGACUGUACCUUUGGGCCCUACCCUAGCUGAGAUUUAAUUACAUUUUUCGUCCAAACGUAGAUGUAGCUUAGUCUUGGUGCUUAGUUUUUACAGCACGCCAGUUUAUUGUCGGGCCGCAUUGACUAAUGCUUAGCUUGACAUUUUCGAGAUCAUAGUGAGUACAAUCUUUGUGAGAGCUCCUCGGUUUUGAGGCAACGAAUUAUAAAAUUACGAAAGUUUAAUGUAGAUUUUUGUAAGAGAAAAUAUAGUUGAAUGUUGUGUGAGGGUGUGUAGAUACGCAUUCAAUGAGAGAUUUUCAAUGAGAAUUAAAUUACAACUGAAUAAGACAUCUCUCUAAAUAUAAAAGGUACAAAAACGAGUCGAGAAGCUCAACAAAAGACAGAACAAAAUAAUUCAUAAAGUAAAAUAGUUUACAAGCUUAAAGCUUACCAAGUGGUGUUGAAACUAAGCACGUCUUUCUUCUAAGGCUAAACUCAUGUUCAGCAGUUUUUGCUCUAAAAUUAUUAAUAAAGUUUUCCUGGAUUUAGCAUGUACAUAAACCGCAGUAUAAAAGCGAUAGGUAUAAAGAGAAUAGUAUAUGGCGAGAGUGAGAGUGCUGAAACUAGAUGGCAGUGUUUUCUUGUAACAAAAAUGUGAAACACUGCCAUCUAGUAGGUUUUACGAGUUACUAAUUUCUCCUGCGAACGCUUCUGAUUGGUCCAAUUAUCGACCAAUAAAAUUUGCUCAUAGUUGCACCUAAUCUUAGAAGUGAGCACCUUGUAGAUAGAGAAAGAAAACGAAAUUGAGAUGAAACUAGCAAGUACUGCCGAUACAUAGAUGAAUAGAUAUGAUAAGGACAUCAGAUUGGUGAUAUCAGUUCCCGAGAUUAGUGUUAAAAAACGGUUGUGUUUUUAUUGUCUUCAGAAAAGACGUAGGUAAAUAAUUGUCAAUUGAGUUUUAAUUUUAAUUAAUUUUAGCUUGUAUCGUCAUUGUGUUGUUUUAAACCAUUGUACAGGAAUAAUAUUUUCUAAGCGAAGUAACGGAUUUUCAUCGAUAUGGAUAGAUUUGUGAAAUGUCCACUUCACUAGUUUAAUGGUUGCGUUUAAAAAUAAGGAUGUUGAAAAUGGUUAUCGAUAGUUUUUAAACACGUAUAAUAAUUUUAUUUAGGUUUGCUGUUUUCAUGAUUUUUCACAAAAAAGAUCGUAAGCUAGGAAAAUAUUUUAAAGCCAUUACUAUUGAAUUUAAUUUAAAAUUUAACGUUCCUACUUUUCGUUUUUACAUAAUUAUUUUUUUUCAUAAUCUGCAAGUGACAUAGAUAUAUAAAUAAAAGAAAAAACAUAGUAAAAAGUAUGCUAGAUUAUAGUGCAACAUAUAAAUUUUGAUAAUUAUAGUGUAUAAAUAAAUAAUUUUAUGAAAUUAAACACCAAAUACAUUUUAAUCAUUAAAUAUAAGUUAUUAUUAUAAAUAAUAUAUUGUAGGGUAAAUUAUAAGCAAUGUGUGCUUCGGUGUGGCGGGUUCGAUGCCCGCCAUGCAGCACUUUGUGAUGACAGCAGAAAUACCAAACAUAGGGCGGGAAUUUUACGCGGUAAAAUAUGAACGUGGUAAUUUAGAACAGUAAAAAUUUUAAUAACUUUGGAUUUGGAUUUAGUCAACUGGAAAGUAAAACUAUUUAAAAAUAUGUGUAACUCAUUAAACGAUGCUUUGUAUUAUCGUAAACUUUUCAGCUACAUAAUUGCUAAUUGCUCAGGACAUCAAAAUGUAUACAAAAAUGAAUGAAAAACAUCAUAAAUUCAAUACGAAUGUUGUCUAUUAUUGCAGGCUAAUUUUUCACAUGCAAUAAAUAUGUUAAGAUAAAAUAAUGUCGUUUAUUAUCGAAGAUGAUUUCAAAAGCUCAAGAUAGAUGGCGUUGAUUUCAAAUUUAGAUAUUAUCUAUAUUAUCUACCAAAUUAAAAUUGGUGUGUGAAUAAUCUAAAUAGUCGCCACCUAUGACAAAACAUAAAACUGUAUAGUUAUAGAUAAAGCGACACCUUACCUAACGCCAUCUAGCGUUGCAGAGCAACAAGUUAAUUUUGCCGCGUAAAAUUCCCGCCCAAGCCAUAAGAAUCGAGAGUGAUAUAAUAAAAUAAAUUAGUCGCGAAAUAUUGUUAGUACAAAAUAUAUUUUCAGCAUAAUUUUGCUAGAAAUAGAAUAAAAUAUCCAAAUAGCAGGACGGAGAGUACCUAUUGACAAGAGUUUUAUCGCAGUACUGUUGUUAGUAGAGUCUAAAUAACGUGGUAUAAUAGGGACGAUAAAGUACUAAAAAUCACGGUCUACACUUACUCAGAGUCAUUUAAUGGUUAUCUAACCAAGUUCUCAGCAGUUUUUUUACUUUACAAGGAAAAAAAUCGUUACUUAACAUUUAAAGUCUCUGAGUAUGGCAGUUAGUCUGUCAACAUCAUUGUAUCAGUCAUAAGACGACCAAUGCUGAGCAUAAAUCUUCAACGAUGAAAUUAUCAGGAGAGAUCUUUACAUCGUUCGUAUAAAAUUGUCCUAAAAUGAAAGAAACGACUGUCGAAUUUGUUGAAUCUCUUAAAGUGAUCAUUAAUGGUUCAAAGAGAUAUACAUGAGAAAUCGAUUUAAAGGAAAAAAUAAUUGAACGUGAAAAUGAAAACAAAAUGCUUAAACCACGAUCAAAUGGAAGUUUUCUUACAUUGAUGUAUAUUUUCUGUAUGUAUUGUGAAAUUGUAAUUAUUUAUUUCCCAAGGGUUUAUGCAAUUUAAUACAGGAUUAACAAAAAAUAGUCAGUUAUUUCCAAGAGCCGACAGAAAUUUUAAGCAGCCACAAACCUAAACUACAAAAUCAACAGUACUGCGAUAAAAAAACGAAACAUUUAUAAAUAAAAUUUUAUAAAAGUCACAAAAAAUAUACAUUUUUAUUAUAAUCCACGCUAGCCAACGCUGAGACGCAAUUUAUACAUUAUUAAUAUACAUUUAAAAUGAAUUAUACAAUUUCACGUGAAAGUCGACACGUUGAACGUGUAUAACAGAGUUGAUGUCCGAUAUAUACCGGCUGAAUAUAGCAAUAAAAUACAGAAAUAUAGAACUGUACAUCAAUUAUACUUAUGACAACUUGACUCUUGAAUGAAAAAAUUGUUUAGAACAUUCAAGGUUAAUGUUUAAGCAGGCAGACUAUGAAAAAACGAGAGAAUAUUGUUGGUAGUACCUUCUAUAAGCUUCUAACUUCUUCUAGUACCUCUUUAAAUUACGUUUGCUGCUUCCUCUAUAUAAAAAUUAUAUAUAUUUUAUUCCCGUAUCACGUCUUUUCCCGCUUAAUGAGCGAGAUGAAACUAUAAUAAAUAAUAAAGAAGAAAAGAGACAGUGAUACGCUUGUAGCUAACUGGAGACUGCAAGGUUUUGUCUGUCCGUCCUACAGCCCGAUGUCUGCUCGAGCCAAGUGUGUGAACAGUUCUAUAUUUCUAUAUUUAAUAUUAGUUUAAAUAGUUAGAUACGGGUGCAAUACUUGAUGAGCGAACAUUAGUGAUAUAAUUUGUUACUAGUAAUUUUAAUAGUGGCUCGUUCAUUGUGAUUUUUGCGGCGUAUUUAGUUAAGUAGCACGCUUAGAUUUAAACACACAAAUAUCUUCCUGAGAUUGUUAAGAAAUAUUUAGUGGGAUAUUGGAACGUAGCGUUUUAUAAACCCCGAAAUUGUGUAUUGUAUAGUAGGGAUUCAGAGGUGUGAACAUGGCUUGUGUUACAGCUUUACAGCUUCACGUAUGGGUUGAAUACAAUUCAUGGUGCCCGUGAUAUCUAAUUACCAAUAUUCGCAAUUAUUUUCUAUUUGCAUUCAAAGUAGAAUACGCUAGACACGAUUGAGUUUUAGUUAUUGGAAGUAGGACAAAUCGGGUCUCAGGGAUAGCUUUCCAUGUUACAAGUUCAAGUUCUAAACAUUCAGGAUAUUAAUACAUAAAGUAAGCCUUAGGACUAUGCCUUUAGGUUCCUGGAAACAUAAACUGGUUGGAAACUAAGUAUGAAGUAUACAUUGUUAUAUAUUUUUAGUAAAGAGGGCCUGGAGUGUCUCGCGCCGUAAAAAUCACAAUAGCGACGAAUUAGGCUGUAUAAAACAGGAGUGCAAAGCAUAUGAUAGGUAUUUAAUUAUAAAUAUGUAAAUUAAUUAAUAAAAAAACAAAUAUAUAAAUAAUAAUAACGACCGUCAUCAUAAUGUACUUCCUAAAAUUGUUAUUAAUUAUUUAGUAAAUUAAAAUUAAAGUAAUUCCUUUUUAUAUUUCUUGCAUAGGUGUGUCGCAAGCGGAUAUUGUUUGGGUUAUAAAACUAAUGUUAAGAGAUUGAUUGAUAAAUUAUGAAUAUCAUAGAUGAUAAUUAUAAUUAAGAAAUUAUCCCGCCCGUGAAUGCUGAUUUGUUAUACAAUUUGAAUUACUAUACUGUACAAAAUAUGACAAAAAAAAAACUGACAAAUUCUAAACAUUACGUUUACAUUUAUAAUUUUAAUUGCUAAAAAGAGACAUUUUAUAGAAAAAUAUGACAUAUACAACAAAAAAAAUUGCCAUUUUGUAUAAUUAAGAGGGGUAAUGGUCGAAUUGUAUAAAAUAAAUCAGUGACAUAUAAGAGAAUACUGACAAAAAUAGAUCCUAAACAAUGUUUGCUUGUACGCAGAGAAAUGUGCUAAUCAUUCAUGACAUGACAUUGCGUAUCACUGCAUGUUAAUUGAAAAACGGCGAUCCUAAUCUGACAAGAUUGUAGCCAUAUAUCAGGAAGCAAGAACAUUUAAUGACAAUUUUGGUACAGCUAAAAAGAUAGAAGAUUUAAACAGCGCAUUAGAAUUUAAAACUCAACACAAGUGCUAAGCCAAAUGUUUAGUAUGUAGGUAAAGAAAAUAAAGAUAGAUUCAGUACAGAGACAGUAGCUAUUGUUAUAAUGAAGCCAUAAUGUCUUUUACGUAGGUCGGCUCUAGACAACCAAUGGUUACUGUCUCUGUACUGAAUUAAUCUUUAUUUUCUUACCUACAUACUAAAUAAUUUGAUUAACUAUAGGUACAUGCUUGAGUAUGAAUAUCGAUGAAGCAGUUUUGCUGAGCUACAAUCAAAAAUUGACCUUACACUCUUUAGAAAAAGUACCAGUUUUAAUUGUAACUGAUUGAUCAGACUUUAUAUUAUCCGACGUACUCAGAGACAUUUAAUGAUUACUUAAACUAUUCCUUAGUAACGAUUUUGUUCCGAAAACAAUUGCUAAGGAUUAGAUUAAGUAAUCAUUAAAUGAUUCUGAGUAUAGGGGUAUGUAUUUUACCAAUCUUGCUUUUUGUAAUGGCUGCUCUCUUGUCAGAAAUAUAAAUAUUGUACAAGGAUCAGCAUGGCACAGUAGACAGGCUUACACGAUCACUGGAAUGCUGUUAAUACGGAUGAACUUGUUCAUAUUUGAGUUAGCUGUCAUAUACGCCAUACUUGUUUCAUGUGCGAACGAGAUCCGACUAUUUUUGUAUAGCGCCAUCUCGCUUGCGUAUUGGAAACAAUGGCUUUCAGUCUCAUGUAAAAAUGGGACUUAAAACUGUAGUGUUUAGGUUUAAUUUACCUCAACGUGUUGGCGAUUUUUUGCCAAAGAUAAAGUGUUUAUGGCUUGUCACGUAUAGUUCCAAACUUUAAUGAUAUUGUAAUGAAUUGAAGUUAUAGGAGUUUGAAUUUUAUGUGGCAAGAAAUAAACACUAUUUUACUUUAUUGGUUUACAUUACAAAAGAUGUAUGACAGCUGACUCAAAACAAUGUAUGAAUUAGAUUUUUUUACAAAAACCCUGUUAAUAAUUAACUUUAAAGUUUAAAGAUUGAUCGCUUUAAUUUAAACUAACUAGAAUUCUAAGAAGCAAUGCCGUGGUGUGUUAUAUUUUUAAGUUAACGAAUAAAAAGGACGACGAAAAAAUCUUGAUAAUUAAGAAAGUUUUGAAUUACAUAUUUAGAAUCAUUACGCUUAAUAAAACAUAAGGAAUAAUAUAUCAUAAGUAGGAUAAGGAU